AUGCAGAGAUAUGAUGGUAGAAGGAGAAGUAGCUCGAAACGCGAAAGCCAGGGAUGCAGAAAAGAAACCAGUUUGGAACGAGAAACCAGAGGGGACUUAGAAAGAAGCAUGAUAGAACAAAGAGCAUUAGAGGCAGUCAUGCAAAGGGAAAGAGAGCAGACUAACGCGAACCAAACUAUACUACAACAACUUGAAGAACUUAAGGAGGCAAUGGAAAACAAUAACGAGCAAGGAGGAAAAACGAAGAUGGCAGAAUCCAUAGAGGAAGCGGAGAGAUCGCCAUUCUCACAAGAAAUAUUACAAGCACUUAUUCUCGCGAAAUGUGCUCUGCCAACAUUCUCCAGCAUCUUUCAUGGGACAGGGAAUGCAGUACAACACAUGAAAGCCUAUAAUCUCACGCUAAUGCCAUGGGCCCAGCAUCAGGCGAUGUUGUGCAAGUACUUUCCAGCCAGCCUGACUGGAGAAGCUUCAUUAUGGUUCGAUAAUUUGUGCGAAGGAUCAGUGACUUCAUUCACGCAAUUGAAAACGCUGUUCUUGGGGAACUAUAUAAUCAACAACCGAGCCAAAGUAGGGAUUGAAAACGCGCCCAACUUGAAGAAAGCGUAUGGAAAAAGUCUGCGAAGCCUGACCACACGAUGGAGAACCAUGUGUAGCGAAUCAGCAGGAGAAGUGUCAGAGAGACAUUUGAUCCUCGCCUUCGUUAGUGCCUUAUACCCAACUGAUCUCUUGUACGUGGAAAUAUUCCAACAUAAAAACAAAAUUGAUAUGCAAGAACUAAGAGAGUACCAAGAAGAAUUUAUAGCGUUGGAAGAAAAUAAGUGA